AUGAACGGACCCUCAGCACGGGCCUUACGCGAGGGUGGCAUGGGAGGUUCGAUCCCCUACAAGGUAGGGGUCACACUCCAGGUGAAGCCAAAGGACAGCGGUCCCAUCCCGAAGGAGUGGCUAAGGAAGACCACCUUACAGGCACCAUUUGGUGACUUCGGCCAUAUUCUUCGGAUCGACGUCUCCGAGACGCAGAGGUGCGCUUACGUCGAGUACGAGGAUCCGAGGGAUGCGCAGGAUGCUCAGAAAGACCUCGAUGGAAAGCGUAUAGCUGGCAAAGAGGUUUCUGUGCUCCUCGCUGGCCAAACUCCGAACCGUCGGCCGGGUAGCAGCCCGAUGCCGGCGGCCGUCCCUGAGCGAGCCGUAGACAUCGAGCAGAGGGUUGCAGAGAUGGCCAUGAAGCAUUUCUUAGACGAAGCUGCAGCUGCUCGGCUUGCAAGUGUCUUCCAGGACCGGUCACGGUUGGGCUGCAACUUGGCGCGGGACUUUCAGGACUUGGACGAACACCUCUCGGCCUCGAACAAGCCAUCGGCGCUCGUGAGCAUGAAGCUCUCUGAGCUUCGAUCGGGGCGACCCAUCGGCCCAUGCAAGUACCAGGGCGGCAAGAAGCGAAACAUUGGCGACGCCAUCGACCCGGAGAUUCGCGCCAGCUACCAGAGCAGCAACUACUUCGGUGAGAAGGACGACGAACCGCCACAUCGUGAGGCUCGGGAUCGAGAUCGGGAGCGGGAGCGGAGCGAGCGUCGUGACCGCGGCCGGGACAAGGAACGGAGCAGGCGUGGACCUGAGGGUGUCAGCGAUCUGCGGCGUAGUUUCGUGGGCUGGCUGAAGAAGGCCGAGCUCGAGCUGAAGCAGCACCGCAGCGACGUCAGGCGCGGAAGGCAAGCCUUUGAAGAGGAGAAACUGUCGGUGUGGCAGCAGUUUGUGGCAGAGAAGCAGCGAGAGGUUGAGAAGAUUAGGGAAGACCGUCGUCAUGCCGAGGAUGAGAUGGCCACACAGCUGAGGCAGGUGCAGGCCGACAUCGAGGAAUCACGGCAGCGCAUCGGCGAGGAGCGCAUGCGAGUCGAGCAGGAGGGUGCCCAGAGAAGACGGGGAGUUGCACACGAGUACGAGAAGUUUCGUCAGGAGUAUGGACUCUUCGAAGCAGAACGGCAACGCUUGGCGAACCCGCAGCUUGCAGCUGAGACGACGGUGGAUCUGAACGUAGGAGGUACAAUCUUUGAGACCACGCGAUCCACUCUGGUCCAGCAGUCAGGCAGUUUCUUGGAAACCCUCCUCUCCGGACGGUAUCAGAUCAGCCGUGAUCGCUACGGCAGGAUCUUCCUGAACCGUGACCCGGAGCAUUUCAGGACGAUUCUCAACUUCCUGCGUAACCCGCAGACGCCACCUAUGCCGCGAGAUGCCGCCGAAUCAGAAGCUUUGGUUCAGGAGGCGACCUACUACGGCGUUCAUUUCUUUCCCUUCCCGUUGGUUUUUGCAGCCGGGGGUCACGACGGCUAUGAGCAUCUCCGGGCCAUGGAGGUCCUGGAUGUGGGGAAUCAAUGCUGGCGACCCUGCCGUGCCAUGGUCACGGAGCGCACAUACUUCGGGGCAGCAACUCUGCGCAACCGCUUGCAUGUCUAUGGUGGCCAGAACCUGGAUUACAAGGCGCUUUGCGACGUCGAGAUCUACGACUGCCUUCGAGAUACCUGGGAG